AAGUUUGAAGGCUAAUCUAAUCUCUAGUCGAUGCAUCUAUGACACAACAAUAAUUCGCAAUAAUUGUGAUUAUAUUACAGGUAUAAAACAAUUUGAUUUCAAAAUUCAGAAUCCUCUAAUUCUCCGAUCAACCCCUCCCAUCCCAAAGCCGCCGGUUCCAAAUUCUAGACACCAGCUCUCCGAUCCCAAAACCAUUUCCCAGUUUCGCUCUCCACGCCUCAAUUUCAAAUGGGUCGGAAGCCAAUCGACUCGGAACCCACUCGCUGGGCCUUUCUGAUCCUGCUCUUGAUGGCUCUUGCGUCUUGCAUAGUGGUCUACAUGUUCGCAUCAGUGGCCCUAAGACCUAACCAAGUCUCUUCAAAUUCAGAAUUGGAUUCUCUGGCAAUGGUUGGCCAUGGCGGAAAUGGCGGUUUGGAGGAGGAGAGUAGGGAGUGUUGCAGGGGGAUUGAGAAUUUGGAGCUCUGGGGGGCUGCCGUGAAAUGGGGCUCUGAUUUCAAGUUCAAUUCUUCUGAGGAGUGUUGUAAGGCUUGCAAGGCCAUGUGUACUGGGAAUGAUGGACCUUGUUUGUGUGACUCCUGGGUGUUUUGCGGCAACCGGGAGGCUUGUGGGCCGCAUUUUCGUGAGUGCUGGUUGAAGAAACAGAAGGAUACCUUAGCCCCUGAAAGGCAAGAAGCAGGAAAUAAGAUCAGUUGGACGUCUGGCCUUAUCUUUGGGAAGGGAGAGGGCAUUGUUGGGUUGGAAACAGAAUAUGGCAUGCUUCAUAUUAAGCUUUUGCCUGAAUGUGCUCCACAUUCUGUUGCCUACAUUCUUGAGUUGUUGGGUUUGCGUCACUGUGCGGGUUGUCAACUUUAUCGUGCAGAAAGUCGUGGGAAAAUUUGGGAUUCAGAAGGAAAUCACAUAAAAAAUGCUUCAUUUGGCCCUCCAUUCGCACUGAUUCAAGGAACGCUUGCAGCCCAAGGCAACCCGUUCAAGAACAUUCCAACCGAAGUCUGCCCAACCGUCAGGAGAGGCUCGGUUGCCUGGGUCGGCUCUGGCCCAGAAUUCUUUAUAAGCCUAGCGAACCACCAAGAGUGGAAGAAAGCUUAUACUGUCUUCGGGUAUGUUCUUCCAGAAGACAUGGAAAUUGUGGAUAAAAUCGUGCUGCUACCUACAAAACCAGAGGUUUGGAACAACAUCAACGUUUCUGUUUUGGAAAAUCCCGUCUCCGUGAAGAUCCAGAGAAUGAAGGCUGCUCAUGGAGACUUGAAUAUCCAUGCCAAUGCCAAUUUUGGAGCAGCUUGAAUGGGAGUUUUCUUCAUGAUGCUUUGUAAAUGAGUAUUCUUCCCAACUUUGUUUCAUGAACUUAAUUUUUGAAAUAUAUGUUGUUUGCCAUAUGAAAAAUAGAGCAGGGAAGAUUUCCAGUUCAA